AUGGCAGGAUCUGACCAGCUCACGGUAGUGAAGAAGGAGCGUGAAGAAGAACUUGAUGAUUUCCUACAAGAGUAUCUGUUUACAACUCAGAAAGAGAAAGAAGUGCCUGGACUGGAUCAUGAAUGUAAGACUGAAAUACUCAUGUCAUCAGAGGAAAUGAAAAAGGAAGAUAUAGCUUCAGAUCUUCAUGAUGACACAGAUUUGUUUCCAAAAGGAGACAUUCAAAGGAAUCAAGCUAUUAAAUCAGAACACAAGAAGGAAAAGCACUCAUGUAGCCAGGAGCCGUCAUACCAGAAAUUACCACAGGAGUUGGAAACCAGGAAGGAGCUGCUCACUGGCCAUCAGAUUACACAUUCUGGAGACAUUCAAAGGAAUCAAGCUAUUGAAUCAGAACACAGGAAGGAAAAGCUCUCAUGUAGCCAGGAGCCGUCAUACCAGAAAUUACCACAGGAGUUGGAAACCAGGAAGGAGCUGCUCACUGGCCAUCAGAUUACACAUUCUGGAGACAAACUACAUCAAUGUUCUCAGUGUGAAAAGGCCUUUAUUACGAUGUCUAACCUCAAAGUACAUCAAAGGAUCCAUACUGGGGAAAAGCCACAUCAGUGUUUGCAGUGUGGAAAGGGUUUUGCACGCAAGGUUGGUCUCAAGAGACAUCAGAGGACCCAUACUGGAGAAAAGCCACAUCAGUGUUUGCAGUGUGGAAAGGCUUUUACAUGUAAGUAUAAUCUUAAGAAACAUCAGAUGAUCCAUACUGGAGAAAAGCCACAUCAGUGUUCGCAGUGUGGAAAGGCCUUUGCACACAAGGGUGAUCUCAAGAUUCAUCAGAUGAUCCAUACUGGAGAAAAGCCACAUCAGUGUUCGCAGUGUGGAAAGGCCUUUACACAGAAGGGUGAUCUCAAGACACAUCAGAGGAUCCAUACUGGAGAAAAGCCACAUCAGUGUUCGCAGUGUGAAAAGGCCUUUACACACAAGGGUUAUCUCAAGAUACAUCAGAUGAUCCAUUCUGGAGAAAAGCCACAUCAGUGUUUGCAGUGUCAAAAGGCCUUUGCACACAAGGGUGAUCUCAAGAUUCAUCAGAGGAUCCAUACUGGAGAAAAGCCACAUCAGUGUUCGCAGUGUGGAAAGGCCUUUGCACACAAGGGUCAUCUCAAGAAACAUCAGAGGAUCCAUACUGGAGAAAAGCCACAUCAGUGUUCACAGUGUGGACAGGCCUUUAUACAGACCAGUGAUCUCAAGAAACAUCAGAUGAUCCAUUCUGGAGAAAAGCCACAUGAGUGUACUACAUGUGGAAAGGCCUUUACACAGAUUAGUCAUCUCAAGCUACAUCAGAGGACCCAUACUGGAGAAAAGCCACAUCAGUGUACUACAUGUGGAAAGGCCUUUACACGGAUGAGUCAUCUCAAGCUACAUCAGAGGACCCAUACUGUAGAAAAGCCACAUCUGUGUUUGCAAUGUGGAAAGGCCUUUACACAGAAGGGUAAUCUUAAAAUACAUCAGAUUACACACACUGGAGAAAAUCCAUGUUCACAAUGUGGAAAGGCCUUUGCUCAAAACUCUUCUCUCAAGAAACACCUAAGGAUCCAUACAUGA